AUGUUGAUCSAACGAAUCUACUACAUGUUCCGAAUGAAACCAUUGGACAUGAGACACUUCCAGGAGGAUACGAUGUUAAUGCGCCAACAGCGUCACCACGAAAAAAAUUAUAAAGAAGAAUUCGAAUGGCUGAAACUUAAAAUGUUUGAAAAGGAGAGGCAAAAUGAACGAGACAAACAAUUCAUAAUUUACGAUUGGUUAGCAGAUGCGUUAGAUAUUUUACUGAACACGAAAUCCCAACAUCGUCAACGAUACUUCGGCAACCUUGAAGAUCCAAUGCCGGACUCAAYGCCRUCCGGAAAAUUGGCCAUUAAAGAUCUGAGAUCGUUCCGAAAUCUAAACACGUCGAUAGUUGUAGAUACGUUGAAUACAUCGACACACCAAUUCAUUUGCCAAAAAUGCGCACUUUCCACUUAG